AUGCCUAGAGAUGGCGAGCAGAGUGUCGUCAUUCUGACAAGACUGUGCUGUUCUCUGCUGCCAGACAGGGAACUCGCCCACCCAACACUCGACUCAUGGCUUUCGCUCACCGAUUUGCUCCAGCGCUGUUGUCAUUGUGAAGCAUCACAUCCUGAAGAGACGGGAAGUGCGUGGGGAUGCCCACCAUUCGCCAUGCCGCCUUCGAGGAAGCUCUAUGCAAAGGUCGAGCUCAGCAAGCUCGCUGUUAGUCCUACUCAGAAGGCUGCUAUCCAGGCACUUUACGAUGGAGGUGUCAUUCAGCCUCACGUCUAUGAUGCAGCUGACCUGUCCAUGCAAGCGAGCGUCCGCGACUUCCUCUACGCCCACGGUUUAGACAGUGAUUCUCGGGGCAAGUUGGAGGGACAAUGGAAUGUGGUUUGGUCGAAUUCUUGGAAGAGUGGGGCCGAGGGGAAUGUAAAUCACCUGAAAAGCGCCUGUGGCUAUGACUCCAUAGAAAGGCAAGCCUCAGAGAGCCUGAAACGCUCCACCAAUGAACACUCCAAGCCAUCGCAAAAGAAGUGGGAGCGACGGAACCCUUUCGACCAUACUGGAUGCCUUGCUCAUGUCGAGAUUACGGACCAAAGCCUUGAUGGUGCAGUGAUGCGCAUCCAAGGCUACCUUGAACACAAUGAGGCCUGCCAGAGCUCAUGCCUCCGACGGAUCCCUCCGAUACCCUUACAUCCCCAUGUUUAUGAAGUGGCAUUAGAGCAACUGAAGCGCGGUGAUGGCAUUGCUUCUGUACAGUCGAGAAAUGUUCAGAUGGUUCAGGAUGGGGCGUACCGAGACAUGUCUAGCUAUGACCGACUUACGGCAAACUGUCGCUACAACCUCCUCCCCCACGACAGCAUCUACUUGUACCGCUUGCUGAGCAAAGCACAAGGCGUCGACGUUACCAGAGAAGCACAGUACAACGUUGAUGACUGGCUGAAUGAGCGAUCCCCACAUUUUCGCCCCGAGAUUCGAGAGGCAGUGUUCCACUAUUCAAGUCGUGCCGAUGCAGGCGAACGCCUGAAGAUCUGCAUAUCCACGAAGGACAUGGACGAGAGUGCCUGGCGCAUCGCUCACCAUUCAUUGGUCAUGCUUGAUGGAACAUUUGGCCUAUGCAGCUCACGCCUUCUCCUUUUCGUGACGAUGGGGGUGGAUGGCGAUGGUAAAGGGGUUCCUCUGGCCUUGUUCCUGUUUUCGGCCCCUACAGGCAAUAGAGCCAGUCACGCUGGAUACAACAGGGAGAUACUUAGAGAGCUACUCACCCACUGGCGAAACCACCUAUCAUGCACGUGUCCAGAUACCCCCUUCACGCCCUUUGUUGCCAUCACAGACACUGAUGUUAAAGAGCGUCUUGCACUGCUUGAUGUAUGGCCGAACCUCUGGCUGUUGCUCUGCAAAUUUCAUGUUCGACAAUGCUGGACCAACAAGCGCAACAGCUUACUGAAAGCCAAGGCUGGCGACACCUGGAAGCUCCAUGUACGCUCACGCCUACAGAACCUAGAGUCCCAGCUGAUGGACACGACCGAUCAUGAUGUUGCUCUGAAACUCAUUCUAGAUGAGCGCGCCUGCUUCAACAUGAUAGGCCAGUUAGGUGGCACCUCUGCCGCUCACGCCGCCGAGGCUGGCCUGGGUUUUCUCGAUUACAUGGUGGCAACAUGGAUGCCGAUUCCACUUUGGCAGAGUUGGUCAUUAAAGGGUCGUACCUGGGCUUCUGUCCUGUUGAACAAGCCUGUCAAGGAUAUAGUCUCAACAACAAACCACCUUGAGUCGUUCAACAACCUCUUGAAGAACAAGUACAUACCGCGCUGGAAGUAUUCGCGUAGCCGCCUUCGCUUUGACUUCCUCCUUCACAUCCUCAUAACUCGCAUACUCCCCGAAGUUUUCAGAGCCCAACGUGCAGCACGAGACUAUCGAGGUUGGAUAGCAGAUCGAUUCUAUAAGCAAGCAGGAUGCACGGACAUCAACGAGGCUGUUCGAGCAGCAGAGGAGGCCCGACGUCAGCAAGCACAGAGCCAAGCCCAACUAUGUUGGUGGCCACAUGAUGCCAGGCGUACCGAAGCAGCCCAGGCCAUCCUCCAGGCCAGGCUCCUACAUUCAAUCCAGCAAGACGGCGAGCACCAGUUUUCUGCGCAGUGCAUCUCGACAGCAGUGCCGCCUGGCAGGCCUUGCACAGUCAUGGAGAUUAGUCAGCACUACAGCCUCUAUCUCCAUCGCACCGGCCAAGGGUCCUGCUCGUGUCUUGACUUUAUGAACCGUGGUGGUGCUUGCAAACACCUGCGUGCCCUUAGACUCUGUAUCGAUUCCUGGGUUGGCACCCAUUUGACUUUGCGUUUCUAUUAUCCUGCCACGAUCGAGGCUGCUAAGGCUAUCCUAACAGCAUCUUGCACGCCAUUUGCAGAAGAGACAGCCACCGCAGCUGUGAUCAACAAUGUCUUCACCUUGGGGCACUUAUCCGCGGAGUAUGGCAACAUAGAUGAAGAAGAAGGGCGUGAGGAAGUUGCUUCUUCCGACUCUGAUACUCGGUCAGAGUGCGCAAGGGAGAUUGGUGAGCAAAGCCAUGAGUCCGAUGGGCUCGAUGGAGUGUGGCAUGGUAGCAUGCUCAACUUGAUGUCAGGGCAGGAUGCCGCCGUCAAUCUUCAGGUUCAGCAACAUACAGAGCAGACCAUACAGAGUUUACUUCCCCGCCUGCAUGGCUUAGCUGUACUACUCGCUGAUGCUCCCAAGCUGCCGAUCACCGACAGCAUUCAAGAAUUCCAACAGGUGCUUCAGGCUGUCGACUCUGCCCUCUCCUCUGCCAUCGGAACGUCUCAGUCAAGCUCUGGCCUGCAGAAUCAGCCGGUGCCCGUAGAGCAGCUUCACAAUGUCAGACAUCCUAGCAAUCCCAGCAGGAAACGAUCGGGACCUGCCCUUUUGCCUCCUUCCCCAGAGGGCUCACAGAAACGCAAGCCAUCUCGGUCAACGCUAUAG